UAGAAAUACAUCUGACACGUCCACUGUUCGACAAAGUGAUCAUUCCUCAUCGAGCAACCAGUUUCCUUACGGAGUUCCAGGCCCAAGUACUUUUAACAUGAAUUCUCAAAAUAGUAAUAUGCAAUAUGGAGAAUCAGGGUCAAACAUGGUUUCUUCGAACAAGAAAACUUUGAGCAGUUCAUCCAUUACGAGGACCGAAUUGGAAUUGUGUUCUAUUAACAUGAGAGGUGAAGCAGGUUCUCCUAUCGUCAACGCCAUUGAAUCUAUUUUUAAGCCCGCCGGUAAGGGAAAUGAAUCCAAACAACCAUCAUUCUUUAUGUAUCCUGGACGUAAAAUGAUAUCGCAAAUAAAGAAUGCUAAGAAGGGUGAUUCAUCCGAGCAGAAUUUUGAGAAUAACGAAGGAGUCGUUCAUAAAAGAAAACGCGCUGUCCAUUAA